GGGAGCAAUGAGUUAUUUCCUGGGAUCAACAGGCGGGACUCAAGGUUGCAAACUAUUUCUGCUCGUUGCAUUUCUGCUUUUCAGUCAUUAUAGUUUCAACGAUCGCAGGAUGAAGUUGUACGUUCAAGUUGUGGUGAUCUUCUUGGCAGGACUUUUGCUGUCCUUUGCCUCCGGUGGAACAGUUACUCCUUACAGAAAGCGCAACGCGGAAGUGGGAAUAAUCAAGGACUACGGACCGGUGGUGACGCCAAUCAUUCUGACCAUGGAGCCACGUGUUCGGACCUACGUGGUUCCACCGCUGCCGUCCAACGAUAUUGAGGAAGACGAGGAAGAGCAUGAAGACUAAAGGGCAUGAAUUGUGAAAGGGUUUUAGUAUAAAAUAAAGUCUUGACUAAAUCAGAUGA